AUGAAAGACAGUGAUGGAGCAAACAUUGUUAGGGGAAGGUUGAUUGAGGGAACAACUUGUCCUAAAAGCAGUUCUACAAGAAACCGUUAUAUGUAUGGAGCAUUUAAACUGCUUUCCACCAGCAAAGAGAUCUCAAAACCUUUGGUCUCAAGCGACAAGGCCUUUGAUGCAGAUAGGAACCAAAAUGACCCCCGUGUCUCAAGCAGCAUUGUUGUGAGCUCCGGAAAAUUUAUUGCUUCCUCCUCAAGAAUGUGCCUUUAUAUACCUUCUCAUCCCCCACAAGCCGGAUUACAUCCACCAGAUUUGAAAGGAUCUAGCCAUGGGGCUAAUAUUUGUGAAGCCCAAUAUGAAACUUUAAAGUGA